CGUGUUAAUAACCUGCACGCGGACUCUGUUCUCCUGUGGGCGCGCUCGUGAACUGCAGCGCUGGUCGCGCGCUCCUUCAUUCACCGCGGGACUCGGCGGGAGUCGCUCAGUUUCUCUCAGUGAGGAGAAGAGUUCACUAAAGCAGCCGUUUAAACUUGCUCUCGUCCAUUGUGUUGUAGAAUUCGUUAGAUGUUAGAGUUUAGGUCGAGUUUCAGUCGAUUUAAACCGAGAGCUGCCUCCGAAAGUUACAAGAGCAGUUCUGCGCGUGUACGUUUCUUUUCAGUCAGCUGUUAGUUCGUUUCAUUGAGGAUUUUCCUUCUUUUUGUCGUUGUCUACAGUUAGUUUUAUCUACAGGUUAAGAAAAUGCCGAGAGGUUUUUCGUCGAAAUAGCUUUCCCGUGACGCUUGGUCACUUAUUUAUUUUGGCGGGUCGGCUAUUUUAGUGGAUUUAAUCUGUGUCGUGUGAUGUUUGCUGUGGAAACCUAAACCCUUCACUUGGCUUCAGCAGUUUUGACUGAUCUUACUGGUGGCUUUUCACAGGUGAAUGAGUUUGGACAGCUGUUCCCCAUCAGUUUUCCGUCUUCAAUGGUUUGUCUAAAUUUACCGCUGGAGAUCCUCCUUUGACAGAAGUCGUUAAAAAAUUUCUUUCUGGGUGUUUCAGUUCUUGCUUCUAGUUGCAAACAUGGAUAAAUACGACGAUUUGGGACUUGAGGCGAGUAAAUUCAUCGAGGACUUGAACAUGUAUGAAGCAUCGAAGGACGGCUUAUUUCGCGUGAAGAGAGAUGCGGGAAACAACCCGGAUUUUGAAGAAACCAGAAAAGUCUUCGCUUCAAAGAUGACCAAAAUACACAUGCAGAAGCAGCAAGAGGAGAUGGCAAGAAACAGUCUGGCGGCAAGAAUCAAUGGAAGUCACUCGAAAGUGUCAGAUAACACAUUUUACACCAAAGACAGACCACCCAUCAAUAGUUAUAGACAGGGUGGUGAAGCAGCAGCCAAACCACCCAUCAUGUCUGGACCAAUGGUUGGCACUGCCAGUGUGAGUCCAUACAUAUCUUAUGAAGGACAAAAGCAUAAUUUUGCCAGCUUACCUGAUGGAUCCAGCAACAGGGUAUAUGACAUUAAUGAGACUGGGAAUGCUGUUAACCCAAUACCAGUUCCAGCCCGAUCGGCACCCUCUACCAGCCCCCCUGGCACAUGGGCAUCAAGAAGUGUUUACCCGUCUCAGACACCAUCAUCUCCUUUCUCCAACAGUUCCUCCUCUUCCAGCUCACCUGGAGCAGGUCAGAAUUAUUCUCCAGUGUCUCAGGGAUUCCCUCAAACAGGGAAGUCUCCCUCUCAGUCGCCCACAGGAACAUACAGGGAUGCAUAUCACCAGCCGCAACAGGUUAGCCCUGUACAGCACCAACUAAGCUCUGCCCAGAGGCCUGCCAGUGGACCGACAUAUCAAAAUGGGGGAGCUCAUAAUAUUGGCACCCCCUCCCCUACCCAGGUGACACAAUUUCCAUUGUCUCAUGGAGGGAAGCAAGGUGAGCCAUCCCAACCCAAGAGCCCUGCACCCGGUAACCUGACAGUGCCCGCUUCUACCCCUGUUGAGUCGCCCCAUGAUGAGUCUUCCAGCCCUUCUCGGGCGCUCAAGCUGCCAUGCCAGACCCUCCAUGUACAGACGGAUCAGGGGCCAUCUGCGGCUGAAAUAAAAUUAGAAGCUCUAACUGAACGCCUGGAAAAGGAGAUGGACGCCCAGCCAAAGGCUGAGUACUUUGGCAGCUGUGUGAAGUGCAGCAAGGCAGUGUAUGGAGCGAGUCAGGCGUGUCAGGCCAUGGGCAGCCUGUACCACGACAGCUGCUUCACCUGCAGCGCUUGCAGUCGAAAGCUGAGAGGGAAAGCCUUUUACUACGUCUGUGGGAAAGUCUUUUGUGAAGAGGACUUCCUGUACUCUGGGUUCCAGCAGUCUGCCGAUAAAUGCAAUGUAUGUGGACAUUUAAUCAUGGACAUGAUCCUGCAGGCGCUGGGAAAGUCUUACCACCCAGGCUGCUUCCGCUGCGCCAUCUGUAACGAGAGUCUGGAUGGAGUGCCUUUCACUGUUGACACCGACAACAAGAUCUACUGCGUGAAGGACUAUCACAGAGUUCUUGCUCCUAAAUGUGCCGCAUGUAAUCAGGCGAUCCUGCCGUCUGAGGGGUCAGAUGAAACCAUUCGAGUGGUUUCCAUGGACAAGGACUACCACGUGCAAUGUUAUCACUGUGAGGACUGUCAUAUGGAGCUGAAUGACGAGGAGGGUCACCGCUGCUAUCCUCUGGACGGACACCUGCUGUGUCACGGGUGUCACCUCAAACACAUGGACCCUGCCGCCCCGCUGUCUACAGCUAACAGCUACCACAGUCAGUUUUAAACAUCUGCCUCCCCCUAGUGGGUGUUCAGAGACUUCAACGUUUGCCAAAGAUGCUCAGAUAUCCCCUCACCAAAAGUCACAGCUUAGCUUGAGAUCACAAACUGUGUGAGACACAUUAUUAAAUAUGUAUUAUGUCUGAAUUAUUUACCGUACUGUUUUCUUUUCUUUGCAUUUAUUAAUAUGUUAUUAGAUUGGAUUUAAACAGAACAUAGUUUAACUUUUCUUGUAUAAUAUAAAUGCUGUAAACAAUAAACCAUUGGCGUAAGCAAAAUGUUGCUACAGAUAAGGCAACCAUUACGAAUAUUAUUACAAAACUUCAUCUGAAUUUCUCGAAUGGCACCUACACCUUUCUUUAAUUGAAAGUGUGCUCAGUAACUGUUUUGAUUCUGUUGUGCUGGUCAGUAGACUUACAAUGACCCCAAGCAGUGGAGAUCAUCAAAAAGCUUUGGUUACUGAUGCCAUUGCCUAAAUACACAAUCAUCCACGAUUUAUUACACGAGAGAGAGUGUUAAAUAAGAAGGAAUGAGGAAAAAAUGACUAAGUGCACCUUUUAAUAGACCAAUGAAAUAGACAUGCCUAUUUAUGAAUGUAUAUUUAUUAUAAUAAGCCCCCAGUUGCAUGAACAUUAGGUAGUAAGCUUUUAAUUUUGUGUCCAAAAUUUUGUGAUUCCAUUUCAAUUUAAUGGACAAACAUGAACAUCAACUGUUUAUUCCUAAAGCUAAUGCGGAUACUUGUGAAUGUGUACGAACACAUAUUUUCUGAGUGAUCACAUCAGUUGAAUUGACUUAACAACAGUGACAGUCUGUCAUUUGAAAUCAAACUGGCCUUAUUAUAACUGAAGCUUAUUCACUUUAUAAAUGUGUGAGUUUUAUUAUUCAGCCAUUCAAUCAGGUGCAUUGAAACAAUGGAAUAUUGUUUAUAUAUAAUAUAAUUUGGUGCUUGGUGUUAAUUGUGGGCCCAGCUUAGAAGUCAUAGAAGAGGUUGAUGAACUGUUAUUCUGUAUAUCUUUGAAAUGCUUUUAUAACACUAUUGCACUUGGACAGAAUUCAGCAGUUCACUACAGCUGUGUUACAGAUGGCAGGUCAAACCCACGUCUUCACUGAUUGGAAGAUUUGACACCAAUUACUCUCAAUUUAAGGCUGUUAUUUCAGACUUCGAGACCUCUGUUAAUGACCUUCAUUGUUUGUACAUUUUGUUCAGUUAAGAUUUGUUAUACAAUGUUGAGUUGUUUGCCAUGUUUGGUGUAUCUGGUCAUUAAAGCUAUUGUUGAGAAAUUCAGGUAAAUUAAAUAUGUUCCCAAUUUAGUUUCAAAGAACACCAGAUUGCAAUUUGACCAGACAAAUGUAACUCCAGUUUAGCUCACCUAUAUAUUGUUUAAAAGUCACCACUGGAAUGGAAAGCCUUUAAUUAGAAACUCAUUUAUGUGCCUGUUGUUUCUUUGGUUUUCACGAUUAAGCUGUUGAUUGUGUACAGUGCCUUAAGUUCUCAGAUCUCCCUCAGUGUUACUUAUUUAUCCAUCUACUCCUAUUAAAAAGUAUGAUGUGAUGCACUUA